AUGCCAAAGAUUUCAGACUCACCAGAAUGUGAAAAAGAGGUUAAACGGUUUUGUAGUAAGAAUACAUAUGACAACAAUUUUGAAGUAUUAGAAUGCCUACAAAACGACUUGAAGGUUGGUGAUGAAUUGGCCAAGGAAUGUCAGCAUCUUCUGUGGCUAUUCAAAAGAAAUCUAACCAAAGAUGAUCGAUUUGAAUAUGCUGGUAAAGAAGUUUGUCGUCAUGAAUUAGCUGUGACUGCUGAUUGUCAUACAUUACCUCAAGUUUAUAAUUUUGUUGAUCAUUGUCAAAAAGAUAUUGCUGACUUAAAAUGUGGCAGAGUACAGCUUGAAGAUGAAGAUGAUUCUCCACAUUUGCAAGGAAAAACUAUUGAGUGCUUAAAAGAAAAGACAAAAUUUUUGAGCAAAAUGUGUCUACAUCAAGUACAUAGAGUUACAGAAUUACAAGCUGAUGAUUAUCACCUGGAUCGACCUCUUUACUAUGCGUGCCGUAUUGAUCGGGAGCGCUUUUGUGAUGAGAUAGCAGCAGGUAGUGGCAGAGUGUUUGAUUGCCUUGCAAGACACAAAUUUGAAAGAGACAUGUCAGAUGCAUGCCGUCAAAAGUUGGUUUUGCGACAGCAACUUAUUGCUGAAGAUAUAAAGAUAGAGAAGGGAUUUUUUGCUGCUUGUCAUCGUGAUAUAAAGCAUUAUUCAUGUAUGCAAGAUUCUCAUGGAUCUCAAGUUUUACAAAGAGCUACUGUCAUGUUGUGUUUGGAAAAUGCUAUGAAAAAAGAUAUGCCCGUUACAGCUGAAUGCACAGCUGAAGUUGAUGACAUGAGAAAAAGCAUAAUGGAAGACUUUCAGAUUUCUCCAGAAAUUGUUGUUCACUGUGAUAAAGAAAUUCGGGACCAUUGUGGUGGCGGUAGUAACAAAGAGGGCAAAACUCUUCAUUGUCUAAUGGACUUGGCCCGGCCAGUUAGUUUCAAGGGAAGUCACAAACUUACCAAGCAAAUUAGCCAAGCAUGUGAGGUUCAGUUAAGUAAUCUUCUGCAUGAAGCUGAUAUUGGACAGGAUUUCCGCAUUGACCGAGCACUUCAGAAGGCCUGUCAACCAGUCGUUGAUGUUGCUUGCAGAGAUAUUCAACCUGGUGAUGCAAGAAUAUUAAGUUGUUUGAUGGAAAAACUUGGAACAGACAAAAUGACUGGUGAUUGUGAAGAAAGACUGAUUGAAAUUCAAUACUUCAUCUCUCGUAAUUUCCGAUUAGAUGGCCAGAUUUACAAAUACUGUCAUAAGGAUGCUGUGACUUUGUGCCAUGCCGACAAGGAUUGGAAGGAUGCAGCAGAACUGUGUCAUGUGACUGGAGACUGGCGGCAAUUUGAUGAAACACUCCAAGGUGGUUUAGAAGAUAGCCGGCCGCCUCAGUAUGUGCUGGCCUGUUUGUAUCGACAAUCUAAAUCGAAGAAGGUUAGUCGUGCGUGCAAACAUGAAAUUAAACGUGUCAUGCGACAAAGAGCAAAUAGUGUGGAUUUACUUCCAAGUAUUGAAGAUCAUUGUUUACAAGAUCUUGGUCAGUUUUGUUCAAUUGAGACUGCAAAAGGCCAAGAAGUACGAUGUUUACAGGAUAAAUAUGAAAAAUUAUCUGAAGAAUGUCAGGAUGCAGUACGAAGUUUUACUGAAGAGGAAGAUGAAAAUAUUGAAUUGGAUGCUAUUCUUAUCCGAGCAUGCACUCUGAUGAUUAAAAAAUUUUGUGAGGACCAAUUAGAUAAUGAUGUUGAACCAUCUGAAGUUAUGGAUUGUUUAAUUGAGCACAAGCACCACCAAGAUAUGAACAGAAAGUGUAGUGCUGGUGUGGAACAUCACCAACUUAUCCAACUAAAAGAUUACAGAUUUACAUAUAAAUUCAAAGAAUCAUGUAAAAAAUCAGUUAUGAAAUUUUGCAAAGAUAAGAAAACAAAGCCUGAUGUUGUUACCUGCCUAAGUGAGCAUGUCCGCAAUGAUACUCUCUUGGAAGAUAAACAUCGUAUUGAUAAAGACUGUCGUCGGCAACUAAGGGUUGAACUUUUACAGCGUAGUGAAAGUGUUGAUUUAGAUCCUGAAUUGAAGAAAGCUUGCAAAUCAGAUAAAGAGAAAUUCUGUGCAAACAAAACACCAGGAAACUCGCAGAUAAUUGAAUGUUUAAAAGAGCAUCAAUCACAUCUUUCUCCAUCCUGUCACAAAAUUAUUUUUAAAAGAGAGAAAAUUGAUAGUGCAGAUAACAGUGUUGAUUACACAUUGAAAACUAUUUGCAAAAAAAUGAUUAAGCAUUAUUGCAGUAAUUAUCAAGCUUCAGAAAUACUUUACUGUCUGAAACACCAUAAGAAUGAAGAAGAUUUUGAUCCUCGUUGCAGAACAGUUGUCCUUCACAGGCAGAAAAUCCAAAAUAAUGAUUUUCGUCUAAAUCCUCAGUUGAAGAAAUCUUGCCAAAUGGACAUUCCUAAAUUUUGUUCAGAAAUUGUGCAUAAUUCAAAGCAAGAUGAAGAAUUGGAAGGAAAAGUAAUUAACUGCUUGAAAAAACAAUUUGUACGACGGAUGUUGUCAAAAAAUUGUGAAUAUGAAAUUGAAGAAAUAAUAAAAGAAGCUGCAUUGGAUUACCAACAAGAUCCUAUACUUGCCAAAGCAUGUCAUCAAGAGAUCAAGCAGUUCUGUCUUGAAGAAACUUUAGAUUCCAGUAAGAGAGAAAAUGAACCAUAUGAAGUUGAAGAUGAUGGAAAAGGACAUGUUUCUGAAUGCUUAAAGAAAAAGUUGCAAAAAGGUUUAAUAAAAAAUAAACAAUGUAUUAAGGAAAUUGCUCGAAUAGUCUAUGAAGGUUCAGCUGAUAUACAUGUUGAUCCAGUUUUACAUACAGCUUGUAAAAAGGAUCUACAAGUUUAUUGUGAAAACGUAUUACCAGGAAUGGGACAGCAAAUGGCUUGUUUACUGUCUGCAUUGGACUCAAAUAGAAGAUUAACACCAGAAUGUAGUAAACGCCUACUACAAAGAAAAGAAAUGUGGGAAUAUGCGGCAAAUGUUGCUCCUGCUGAAAGUUUUAAAGAAAUUAUCACAGAGAUGCAUAGCUCACCAGCUAAAUACUAUUUCUUGGGUGUCAUUAUAACACUCAUUGGCUUCAUUUUCAUUGCUGGCCUUACGUGUGGUCGGGUAACAAAACGUGUGCGAGCUGAAUUAAAAAACAAGUAG